UUUAGUAGGUUAUGUUUUGUUGUUUUUUAGAAUUAGAUAUGUAAAAAAGUAUAAAAGAUUAACACUUCAUGUAUUUGGAAAGUGUUAGCUUAAAUUUUCUUCAUAAUAUAAUAAAUUAAGCACAACCUUUUAAUAAAGAAGGUAUAUGCUAUUUUUUUCAACAUUGAAUAUUUAUUAUAACUUGGAGAAUGCCGGAUAUUAAAGUAACUCCUCUCGGAGCCGGCCAAGAUGUGGGCAGGAGCUGUUUAUUGCUUUCUAUGGGAGGGAAAAACAUAAUGUUAGAUUGCGGGAUGCAUAUGGGAUAUAACGAUGAAAGGAGAUUUCCCGAUUUCACCUACAUAUGCGAUGGACCCAUUUCCGCUUACAUAGACUGCGUUAUCAUUUCCCAUUUUCACCUGGACCAUUGCGGAGCCCUACCUUACAUGUCUGAGAUGAUUGGAUAUUCCGGCCCGAUAUACAUGACCCAUCCCACUAAAGCCAUUGCUCCUCUUCUACUCGAAGACAUGAGGAAAAUUUCAGUCGAGAAGAAAGGUGAUCCGAAUUUCUUCACGUCCCAAAUGAUUAAAGAUUGUAUGAAAAAAGUAGUGGCUGUUACUUUACAUCAAUCAGUUAUGGUGGAUAAUGAGAUCGAAAUAAAAGCUUACUAUGCAGGACACGUGCUGGGAGCUGCCAUGUUUUGGAUACGUGUAGGAAAUCAAUCUGUAGUAUACACGGGAGAUUACAACAUGACCCCCGAUAGACAUUUAGGGGCAGCUUGGAUAGACAAAUGUAGACCGGAUUUAUUAAUUUCCGAAGCAACAUACGCUACUACUAUCCGGGAUUCGAAAAGGUGUAGAGAAAAAGAUUUUCUGAAGAAGGUGCACGAAUGCAUCGAUAGAGGAGGAAAGGUCCUGAUCCCAGUGUUCGCAUUAGGUCGAGCACAGGAGCUUUGCAUAUUACUCGAAACCUACUGGGAAAGAAUGAAUCUUAAGGCCCCGAUAUUCUUCGCACUGGGUUUAACUGAGAAAGCGAACAACUAUUACAAAAUGUUCAUUACAUGGACUAAUCAAAAAAUCAGGAAAACCUUUGUACGGAGGAACAUGUUCGAUUUCAAACACAUAAAACCUUUCGACAAGCAACUCAUUGAUAAUCCCGGGCCGAUGGUGGUGUUCGCUACACCCGGAAUGCUCCAUGCCGGUCUCAGCUUGCAGAUAUUCAUAAAAUGGGCGCCGAACGAAAAUAACAUGAUAAUAAUGCCAGGUUUCUGUGUACAAGGCACAGUCGGUCACAAAAUCCUCAACGGCGCCAAGAAAAUCGAAUUCGAAAACCGCCACGUAGUCGAAGUGAAAAUGUCCGUGGAGUACAUGAGUUUCUCGGCGCACGCGGACGCCAAAGGCAUCAUGCAACUGAUCCAGCACUGCGAGCCCAAGAGCGUCAUGCUCGUGCACGGCGAAGCGGCGAAAAUCGAAUUUCUCAAAGAGAAAAUCCAAAAGGAAUUCAACAUUCAGUGCUACAAUCCCGCCAACGGCGAGACCGCUUACAUUCAAACGCCCGUUAAAAUUCCAGUGGACGUCUCGUUGCCUCUGCUGAAAGCCGAAGCGAAGAGAUUCAGCAGCCAGACCGGCGGACAGAAGCGCCAGAGGACGUUGCACGGGGUGCUGGUGAUGAAGGACAACAACAUGUGUCUUAUGGACGUGGAUGAGGCUUGCAAAGAAGCAGGUAUUAACAGGCAUAUUGUUAGGUUUACUUCGACUGUACAUAUUACGGAUAGCGGGCCGUCGCUCGGAACUGCGCAUAAGCUUUUGGAUGUUAUUAAGGAUAAAUUACCGAUUGCUUCGAUCACUUUCUCCGAGGGUGAAAUAUCUAUCGAGUCUGUCUUAGUUAAGGUUGAAGGUGAUGAUGAUGAUGAUCAAAAAAGCGUUUACGUUUCUUGGACUAACCAAGAUGAGGAAAUUGGUAGUCAAAUAUUAGGAAUCAUUAAUCACAUUAAAAUGUUUUAAGUGUUAUAUUUAAUCCAGUAUAAUUUAGUAAGAGAUAAGAAAUGUUGGAAAUAUAUUUUUUCUGAAAAU